AUGCUUCUAUUUUCAGGCACUCCCAUUUCUCGUAUAAAAGGCGAUUCGAUUGUCUGUCCUUUCUCUCACCACUUUACACAUCUCACAGAAAUCAUGGGUUGGUUCGACAACGAUUCUUCUCAAGCUCAGGCCUAUGAAGAGGUAACAAACGCCCCUCACAAAGCCGCGUUGUCUCACGAGCUCAUCGCUGCUGCCGCUUCUUACGAGGCCGCCAAAGCCUACGAAGAUCACUGCCAGACCAACGGUCAGCCCGACUCCCAUGCCAGGGCCAAAGAAAUCAUGGCAGCGUUAGCUGGCGGCUUCGUCGACAGAAUGGUCGAGACCAAGGGCUUGGACUAUGUAGACAAGGAGAAAGUUAAGCACCAGGCUAGUAAACACUACGAAGAAAACCUUGCUGGGCAAUAUAACUAG